AUGGAGGAAGACCAUGGGCAGUGGGCACUGUUAACGGACCCAGCAAUGACUCUGAAUAAUGUCACCCUGCGCCGGGGCACCGUGGGCAUCCAGCCGCAGCAGCAGCGCUGGAGCAUCCCGGCCGACGGCCGGCACCUGAUGGUCCAGAAGGAGCCCCGCCACCGCGGCCGUCACUCUGCUACCCCCGAGGACCAGUGCCGCCGGAGCUGGUCGUCCGACUCCACAGACUCAGUCAUCUCCUCCGAGUCAGGGAACACCUACUACCGAGUGGUGCUCAUAGGGGAGCAGGGGGUGGGCAAGUCCACUCUGGCCAACAUCUUUGCAGGCGUGCAUGACAGCAUGGACAGCGACUGCGAGGUGCUGGGAGAAGAUACUUAUGAGCGAACCCUGAUUGUUGAUGGAGAAAGUGCAACAAUUAUACUCCUGGACAUGUGGGAAAAUAAGGGAGAGAAUGAAUGGCUCCAAGACCACUGCAUGCAAGUUGGGGAUGCCUACUUGAUUGUCUACUCCAUCACAGACCGCGCGAGCUUCGAGAAGGCGUCUGAGCUGCGAAUCCAGCUCCGCAGGGCCCGACAGACAGAGGACAUUCCUAUCAUCUUGGUUGGCAAUAAAAGUGACCUGGUGCGGUGCCGGGAAGUGUCUGUGUCAGAAGGAAGAGCAUGUGCUGUGGUGUUUGACUGCAAGUUCAUUGAGACCUCUGCGGCUGUCCAACACAACGUGAAGGAGCUGUUUGAGGGCAUCGUGCGGCAGGUCCGCCUUCGGCGGGACAGCAAGGAGAAGAAUGAGCGGAGGCUGGCCUACCAGAAAAGGAGGGAGAGCAUCCCCAGGAAAGCCAGACGCUUCUGGGGCAAGAUUGUGGCCAAAAACAACAAGAAUAUGGCCUUCAAGCUCAAGUCCAAGUCCUGCCAUGACCUCUCUGUGCUCUAG